AUGACAUCUUUGCAAAGUCUCCUGGCCGAGCUGGCAAACGCUGUAGCCGUCCACACACAGCGUAUUGACAGCUAUCUUCGUGAAAAGGCAUUACCACACCCAUCCUUCGCGGCCGACAGUCCCGUGGACCCCGGCCUGCCGCCGGAGCUGGAGCAAUCGCGCCUUGCUGUGCUAGAGGCAAGCCAAGAGCUGAAUGAUCUUCUACAGGGCCCCACGGACAUAUUGUUCAACCAUCAUCUGGUCCCUCUCAAGCUCAUCUCGCAAUUUGACGUUGCCAAAGAGAUUCCUGCCAACGGCGAAAUAACUUUUGGGGACUUGGCGGCCAAGAUUGGUGUCGAUUGCGCCGCCCUCACCAGAACCCUCCGCCUGGGCAUCGCCCACCGAGUGUUUAAUGAGCCCCAUCCCGGCGUUAUUACGCACUCUGCAGUAUCCAAAUUGAUUGCAGAUGACUCCCGCGUGGCCGACUGA